GAAGAUGAGAGCCAUUACUCUGAACGGACGGACGGGUCACUUGCAGUUCUAUUCGCCAGAAUCGGAGAGACAGCUCUUCCAGUUGGAUGUCGUCAAUCAGAAUCUGAUCACAAGUACGAGAGAAGUGACAGUAAUUCCGACGGAAGUGACAAAAGCGGCCGUCAGUGAUGACGGCGAAUGGAUGUCUACGCUGGAGGUGUGGGACGACUUGCAGACUCUGCCGGAAAUAAGGCUCAAGUUUUGGAAAAUGAAACAAACAAUGAAAAACUAUGUGUUGAAUACAAUCAUUCAUUUGCCCCAUAAGUCGGACGUUAAUUGUAUUAAGUUUGCGCCAAAUUCUCAAUCCAUGGUCUCUACGAGUUUGGAUAAAGAGUUCAAAAUCUGGGGUUUAGUGACAGACGACGACAAGCAGUGGUGGAAGUGUUUUAAAGUCGGAAAUUUAAAUAGCAUUUCCACGCCUACUAUAGCCAACUGGUCGUCAGACUCGUCACUACUGGCCAUCGCUUACGAUAACUUUCUCACGCUUUGGGACGUCGUCGACACAAAUGUUCUGAAAUUUAUGACCAAAUUAUCGGUCGAAGAGAAGAAGGACUCGAAACUAAUUUUUGUGGACUUUGGAUAUGAAGAGAGAUCUCAUUUUCUCAUAGAAGGCCGCCAACAACUCGUCAAAGUCUGGAAUCUUUUAGAUUUAAGCCUUGUUUGGAUGCUUCAACCGUAUGAGACGAUUCAAAGCAUAUCGUUAAACAAAUGGGAGAACAAACUGGCCGUCGCUUCCAAUACAAGCAUAACUUUCUAUGGACUCGAUUCGGAUGAACCCAUCGGUUCCGUACCAAUCAAUACCAAGAAUCAGCCAAUAAUUGGCACACUUUUUACUGAUGAGGAAGCAUUCGAAUUGUUUGUUUUGGGCGACAAUCUGUAUAAACCGCCGCAAACGCAAUUUUCCACGCCUACUAUAGCCAACUGGUCGUCAGACUCGUCACUACUGGCCAUCGCUUACGAUAACUUUCUCACGCUUUGGGACGUCGUCGACACAAAUGUUCUGAAAUUUAUGACCAAAUUAUCGGUUGAAGAGAAGAAGGACUCGAAACUAAUUUUUGUAGACUUUGGAUAUGAAGAGAGAUCUCAUUUUCUGAUAGAAGGCCGCCAACAACUCGUCAAAGUCUGGAAUCUUUUAGAUUUAAGCAUUGUUUGGAUGCUUCAACCGUAUGAGACGAUUCAAAGCAUAUCGUUAAACAAAUGGGAGAACAAACUGGCCGUCGCUUCCAAUACAAUCAUAACUUUCUAUGGACUCGAUUCGGAGGAACCCGUCGGUUCCGUACCAAUCAAUACCAAGAAUCAGCCAAUAAUUGCCACACUUUUUACUGAUGAGGAAGCAUUCGUACUUAAAGACCAUAGAUAUAAUCAAGUCUUACAGAAAUCCAACAGACAGGAAUUGUUUGUUUUGGGCGACAAUCUGUAUAAACCGCCGCAAACGCAAGUCAUGAACUGGAAUACCGGCGACUUAUUGUCGCCGAUGGCACUGAUGCUCAUCAAUAAGAAAGAGCGCAAAGAGGUGUUGAAGAGCGAAGAGUUUGACUCGUAUUUCAAGACCAAUACUAGUGUCGGCAAACUCGUGGAAGACAUGUUCUACAACGUGCCCUCACAUGUGUUGCCACCGAUUGAUAUCUUAAGCAAAACAUUUCUGACGGCUUUGAAUAAAUGUCAAGACAUUAAGCAAGAGAUCAAAGAUGAGAAACAUUUCAAAGUUCCCUCUGAUCUGCAAAUGAAGCCAAUGUUGUCAUCGAAUGACGAGAGCGACAAUCAGUCGAAUUCCACUAAUUUGGACACUAAUGAGAGGGACACUGAAGUGAAAGCAAUGGUCAUCGAUGACCAAAAUGAUGAGCGAAACACAUACGUAGAGGAAGACUAUUCAUGGCUCAGACAACUCGAUUCCGUUCAAUAA